GACAACUCCGCCAGUAGAACCUUAGGGGCUACUGCCGGUCCCAAGCCCGGAUAAAGGAGGAGGGUUGGACAUGGGGUUGGCGACCCCAUUCCGUUGAAAUCUCACUUGCCAAAAAAACGCUAACCAGAAAAAAUAAUUCAAACCAUUUUAACUCUGCCCUGGGAGUUGGAAGAAGAAUUAUGACGUCUCGUGAUGAAAGCCGAGUUCCCUCGGAAGUCACGGGGCUGAUGCCUCUUCUGACAACCAGAGCAACCAUUUUUUAGGUACAUGGAACGUUCGUACAUUGUGGGAGACUGGAAGACUAUUUCAAGUUGCGGCAGAAAUGAAACGAUACAACCUCGAGGUGCUCGGCAUCAGUGAAACGCAUUGGACACAAGUAGGACAACUGAGACUAGCUUCAGGGGAACUGCCGUUAUACUCUGGUCAUGAAGAGGAAAAUGCUUCACAUACACAAGGAGUUGCACUGAUGCUGUCCAAACAUGCACAAAAGGCACUGAUAGGAUGGGAAUCUCAUGGACCCAGGAUCAUUAAAGCAUCCUUCAAAACGAAGAAAGAGGACAUUACAAUGAACGUCAUCCAAUGUUAUGCACCUACCAAUGACUACAAUGACGACGUUAAAGAUCAAUUCUACGAAAGGCUGCAGUCAAUCGUCGAGAAAUGUUCACCAAAGGAUUUGACGAUUCUUAUGGGGGACCUGAAUGCCAAGGUUGGAAUGGACAACACUGGAUAUGAAGACAUCAUGGGACGACAUGGACUGGGAGAAAGGAACGAAAACGGUGAGAGAUUCGCAAACCUAUGUGCCUUCAACAAACUGGUCAUCGGUGGCACAAUAUUCCCGCACAAACGCAUACACAAAGCUACAUGGAUUUCACCGGAUCACACUACUCAAAACCAAAUUGACCAUAUCUGUAUCAACAAAACGUUCAGAAGGACCAUGGAGGAUGUGAGAACCAAGAGAGGAGCUGAUAUAGCUUCAGAUCACCAUUUGCUGAUCGCCAAAAUGAGAUUGAAGCUAAAGAAGCACUGGACAACGGGGCAGACAACAUCACACAAGUUUAAUACAGCCUUUCUUCGGGAUACCGUAAAACUCAACGAAUUCAAGAUAGCCCUCACCAAUAGGUUCCAGGCCUUUCAGGAUCUACUCAAUGGAGAGGAAGCAACAUUGGAGAACAAUUGGAAAGAGAUUAAGGAGGCAAUCACUUCAACAUGUCAGGAGGUCCUUGGUCGCAAGAAGCACCAUCACAAGGAAUGGAUCUCUGUUGAUACUCUUGCAAAAAUUGAAGAAAGGAGGAACAAGAAGGCAGCAGUGAAUUUCAGCCGAACAGGAGCAGAGAAAGUUAAGGCGCAAGCCGAGUAUACAGAAGCAAACAGGGAAGUGAAGAAGAGCAUCAGAGCUGACAAACGAAAAUAUGUGGAAGAUCUAGCAAUGACGGCGGAAAAGGCUGCAAGAGAAGGAAACAUGAGACAAUUGUACGAAACAACAAAGAAGCUCGCCGGGGACUAUCGUAAACCAGAACGACCAGUGAAAAGCAAGGAAGGGAAAAUAAUCAGCAACACUGACGAACAGCGAAAUAGGUGGGUGGAGCACUUUAAGGAACUAUUGAAUCGACCAGCUCCACUGAACACACCAAACAUCGAAGCAGCAUCCACGGACCUCCCAAUUAAUAUUGGCGCACCUACGAUUGAGGAGAUCAGUAUAGCCAUCAGACAAAUCAAGAGCGGCAAAGCAGCAGGACCAGACAACAUUCCAGCAGAGGCAAUGAAAGCAGAUGUGGAAGCAACUGCGAAAAUAUUUCACAUUCUCUUUAAGAAGAUUUGGGAUGAGGAACAAGUACCAUCAGAUUGGAAAGAAGGAUACCUGAUCAAAAUACCAAAGAAAGGCGACCUGAGCAAGUGUGAGAACUACAGAGGCAUCACUCUUCUUUCAAUACCAGGCAAAGUCUUCAACAGGGUAUUGUUAAACAGAAUGAAGGACUUCGUAGACGCCCAACUUCGAGAUCAACAGGCCGGAUUUCGUAAGGAUCGAUCAUGUACUGACCAAAUUGCUACAUUACGGAUCAUUGUGGAACAAUCAAUUGAAUGGAACUCACCACUCUACAUCAACUUCAUCAACUACGAGAAAGCAUUCGAUAGCGUGGAUAGGAAAACACUGUGGAGGCUUCUUCGACACUACGGUGUGCCUGAGAAAAUAGUCAACAUCAUACGGAAUUCUUAUGAUGGAUUCAACUGCAAAAUCGUGCACGGAGGACAGCUAACCGACUCUUUCGAGGUAAAGACCGGUGUGAGGCAAGGUUGCUUACUCUCACCCUUUCUCUUUCUCCUGGUCAUCGACUGGAUUAUGAAGACGUCAACAUCUGGAGGGAAGCACGGUAUCAACUGGACAGUUAGGACGCAGCUGGACGAUCUGGACUUCGCAGAUGACCUGGCUCUUCUAUCGCACACGCCACAACAAAUGCAAGAGAAGACGACCAGUGUAGCAGCAGCCUCUGCAGCAGUAGGUCUCAACAUACAUAAAGGAAAAAGCUAAAUUCUCCGAUGCAACACAACAUGCACCAACCAAAUCACUCUUGAUGGAGAUGCCUUGGAGGACAUUAACACCUUUACAUAUCUUGGCAGCAUCAUCGACGAGAAAGGUGGAUCGGACGCAGAUGUGAGGACGCGGAUUGGCAAAGCGAGGGCUGCAUUUCUACAGUUGAAAAAUAUCUGGAACUCCAAACAACUUUCAAACAAAACCAAAAUCAGGAUUUUCAAUACAAAUGUGAAGACAGUUCUACUGUAUGGAGCGGAAACAUGGAGAACUACCAAAGCCAUCAUCCAAAAGAUACAAGUGUUUAUUAACAGCUGUCUACGCAAGAUACUUCGUAUUCGUUGGCCAGACACCAUCAGCAGCAACUUACUGUGGGAGAGAACUAGUCAGAUUCCAGUGGAGGAGGAAAUCAGGAAGAAGCGGUGGAAGUGGAUAGGACAUACACUACGAAAAGCACCCAACUGCGUCACUAGACAAGCCCUCACAUGGAACCCUCAAGGCAAAAGGAAAAGAGGAAGGCCAAAGAAUACAUUACGCCGAGAAAUAGAGAAAGAUAUGAGAGUAAUGAACAAACAUUGGACAGAACUGGAGAGGGAAGCCCAGGACAGAGUUGGUUGGAGAAAACUGGUGGGCGGCCUAUGCUCCAUUGGGGGUAACAGGCGAAAGUAAGUAAGUAAGUAAGUAA